CUCUAACCCGCCGUUUCUCCCUGCUUGCCCAGCUCUCGGUGGACACGCUGCAGUUCCUGCUCUUCCUCUACGUGCAGCAGCUCAACAAGGUGUCCCUGCGCGCCUCGCUCGUGGGUGAUGAAUGGCCCAGCCCCAGGGCCAGGGCUCCCAGCCUGGCUGGCAAAGCCCACGGCCAACACAAGAACUGGAAUGAUCAGGACCACCAAGUAUUCGUGCAGAGCCACCUCUCGGAUAUGCUGGAGCUGCUGCUGGAUCCGGAGCAGCUCCCUGCCUCCUUCCACUCCACGCAUAGUCYUCUAGUGUCCUGUGAAGCUGUCCGUGCCCUCAGCUUCCUUAUUGAAGGCACUGUGAACAACUCGGGGACUGUCCAUCCUCUGCACGAGCUUGCUCUCUGGCAACCCUUUCAUGGGGAAAAUGGCUACUCGAAGAUCACCAAAGGCUUCUCCUUCACCAAGCUGGAGAGUUGGAUACGCUCAUGCCUCACGACAAACCCCUUUGGGAUGACUGCGUGCCUCAGGUCUGGGAGGAAACUUGCCUGGGCACAGCAAGUUGAGGGCACAACCAGAAGAGCCAAGAUUGCCUGCCAUGCCCAUGGCAUCCCGGAGGUGUUCCCCAUGGUGAUCAUGAGCCAGGUGUACAAACAGACGCUGGCCAAGAGCUCUGACACCUUGGUGGGGGCUCAUGUAAGAAUUCAUCGCUGUAAUGAGUCUUUCCUUUACCUCCUGUCCCCUCUGAGAUCUGUGACCAUUGAGAAGUGCCGGAAUAGCACUUUCAUUCUUGGCCCUGUGCAGACCUCUGUCCACGUCCACAGCUGCGACAAUGUCAAGGUCAUUGCUGUUUGCCAUCGUUUGUCUCUCUCUUCCACCACAGGCUGUACUUUUUACAUUCUCACACCUACGCAGCCUCUCAUCCUCUCGGGGAACCAAGCAGUCAGCUUGGCUCCUUUCCACACCCAUUACCCCAUGCUAGAAGACCACAUGGCUCAGGCGGGCCUGGCCACGCUGCCCAACUACUGGGACAGCCCGAUGCUGGUGUGCAAAGAGAGCAGCAAUGAGAGCACCUUUCGCCUCCUGCCACCCUCGGAGUUUUACACCUUUGUGAUUCCCUUUGAGAUGGAAGGAGACACGACAGAAACACCGGGAGGUCUGCCCAAUGCCUACCAGAUGGCCCUGAGCCAGCGGGAGCAGAAGGUACAGAACUGGCAGAAAACUGUCAAGGAGGCAGGCCUGACCAAACAGCAGAGGAAGAAAUUCCAAGUGCUGGUGGAAAACAAAUUUUACGAAUGGCUGGUGCAAACAGGGAAYCGUCAGCAGCUGGAUAGCCUUGUCCCCCCUGCAGUAGGCUCCAAGCAGGCGGCAGGAUAGCGUCGCGUUGCUGGACUACRAAAGGAAAAGAAGGAGUUCUGGGAGGAGACGGAGAUGUCCUGAAAACAGUUCUCACAAAUGCUUUGCAGCCAUCCUAGCUGGAUAUCCUUGAUGUGGAUUUGAUGCCCAGCCUCAGCGUGGGUUGGACUCUUUGGUCACUUCAGGAUUUUUAAUCCCUUUGGCUUUCUCAGGAAUGUGCUAUAGCUAUUCUCUUGAUAACCAGGGAAGUGUAUGUUACUAGAGGGUGCUGAACACGUUUGCCUGCCUCUUGCUGCAGGUGCUGCAGUUGGGAGGCAAUUGUGGGCUGUGUCCUUGGUGUGCACCUAUCCAGGUGUGAAGCUGGAUAUAAAGUCCUGGCUGGCUGUCACCUGCAGCUCUACGGUACAAGACAGUUGCCUYGUUUUUAUAUGUGUGAAAAACAGAUG